AUGGAGAAGAGGAAGUCACCGGCUGUUACCAGAAGGUUCGUCUUCAAUGAUGCCGGAUUGGCCAGUCUGAAAGAGAAAUUGAUGGAGCCAAUGAUCAAUAGAGUAAAAGUAGUAACUGUAAUUCUUUGCGAGUCCAUUCUCGGCGCAAUUACCGCCAGCAAAGUCGUGACCCAAGCUGUUAACCUGCGGCGGAAGGGGAACCCGCCGUUCCCGUCGAAUUCAUUCGGCAACUACGUAAUCCACGCCAUUGCCACAAUCGGCCUAUGA